AAGUAACAUUAUGUCUACAUUAUAUCAUGGAAAAAUUUUAUGCAAUUUUUAUACGAUUUUCUAUAGACAAAAGCAUGUUUCUUUCGUCUUUUUUUCUUUGUUUUGUUUUAAGCACAAGUUUUAAAUCUUACUUGGCCAGCCAAUUACAUUUUCUUUUAUUUGUAGAUAAAAAAAUAAAAUUUAUCUUCAAAUUAUCAAGAAACGUGUUUACACGAUCAUCGAUAAUGGUCAAUUCGACGAGGUAUUCGUUUUCAAAGUGUUAUACUUGAAAACAUUUGCAAAUAAUAUUUUAUAAGUAUAUUUAUUUAUCUAGAACAAUGAAGAACGAUUGAAACCUGAUGGUUGAUCGUAAUUGAUUCGACGUUUUCAAAAUUUGAAUAUCGUGCUAACUGAUACGAAUUCGUCAUUCGUUUACACGAAUUAUAUCGAAACGUGAUAUUAUAUCUGAUUAUUUUGUUUGAUAACUAUUUGUGAAUCUAUUUGGAAUAUCAAUGAUAACGAUAAUUUUUCGUCGAUUUUGUUCUUAUUAAUUAGUUCACUAUUAUCGUUUCAAUAGUCAUCGUUUCUACAAUACUAUUCGUUUUUAGAUUUUAUUCCAAAAUAAGUAAAAAGAAUAUAUAAUUGAAAAUCGAAGAACCAUGGAGAAUUCUGUGAUAAGUAACGAGAACGAUGCGUUUAAAGAUAAAGCUAUCUAUGGUUAUGGAACAAGCAUACCUCCUAAUAAUAAUGAAUCCGAAGAGGAUAUAUCAUCGAAGAAAGUGAUAUUUUGCGUUCAUGGAAAAUUAUCGGGUUGUUGUACCGUUGUUAAAGGAAUCGAUGAAAAUGUAACGAUGGAUUAUCAACAGAAUUCAUCGAUUUUACCAGAGGAUCAUUGUCAUCGAGAAAGAAAUGGGGAAGUUGAUAAGAAAGCUCGGAAAAAGCUUUUACUUGCGAGUGGUCUUUGUGUUCUCUUCAUGAUAGCUGAAAUAAUUGGUGGUGUUCUCUCGAAUAGUUUGGCUAUAGCUACAGACGCAGCACACUUGCUAACUGAUUUCGCAUCAUUCAUGAUUUCUCUAUUCUCAAUCUGGGUCGCAGGAAGGCCUGCAACAAGGAAAAUGCCAUUCGGUUGGUAUCGUGCGGAAGUGAUCGGUGCAUUAACGUCGGUACUAUUGAUAUGGGUUGUCACAGGGAUUCUAUUCUAUCUUGCUGUAGAGAGAAUAAUUAACAAGGAUUUCCAGUUAGACGUCACGGUGAUGUUAAUUACCUCUGCGGUUGGUGUUGGGGUAAAUCUAGUAAUGGGGCUAAGUUUGCAUCAACAUGGUCAUAGUCAUGGUGGACAUAGUCAUCACGAACAAGAUGAUCAUAAAACGAAAAAGAUUACGGACGAAGAGAAGAUAUCUCACAAGGAUGAACACGAUAGGAAAAAUAUUAACGUUCGCGCUGCAUUUAUACAUGUCAUAGGCGAUUUUAUUCAAAGUAUAGGCGUUUUUAUCGCGGCAUUAGUUAUUUAUUUUAAACCAACAUGGACCAUAGUUGAUCCUAUCUGUACGUUCCUAUUUUCAAUAUUAGUCAUGCUCACGACAGUGGCAAUCAUCAAAGACGUUAUGAACGUCCUCAUGGAAGGAAUGCCUAAAGGAUUUGAUUAUUCUCAAGUAGAGAAUACUUUCAUGCAAAUAGAAGGCGUUGUGAAAGUACAUAAUUUGAGGAUUUGGGCUCUUUCACUCGACAAAACCGCUUUGUCAGCGCAUUUAGCGAUCAAACCUGGUACCAGCCCGCAAAAUAUUUUACGUACGGCAACGAGAAACAUUCACGAAAGUUACAAUUUCUUUGAGAUGACGUUACAAAUAGAAGAGUUCAACGAACGAAUGGAAAAUUGUGAACAGUGCAAAGCUUUGUCACAAUGAAUUAACGUCGUUUUUAUAGUUAAUGCCGUUUUAUCGUAUUGUAUGACGAGCUUCGACAUCUA